AUGUCAGAAUGUUCAAAAUGCAAAGAAUAUUCAAUAUUUACCAUCUCAAUCACAUUGAGAGAGAUUUCGACGGGUCAUAGGCAAAACUAUAAAAAUCAGACUAAACCUUCGAAGCUCGAAAUCAAAAUAACAUCUCGUCAAAAGUCAAAUUAUAUUAAAGACAUAUUAACAAAUCCAUCGAUAUAUAGAGUUUCUAUUUGCUAA